AUGUAAUUCACGCAGCUAGCCAGCCGCCCCUUUCAGGACAAUGAAAGGCCUCAACAAUUGAAGCGCUUCUCUGCGCUCUGACGGGAGCUCCUAGGAAAGUGCUUUCCUCCUUCCACUUGGCAGGGAGUUUAAACCCCAUGCUUCUUCCCGAGCCCUCCUUCCUUUCCUGGCUUGAGGAGGAAGCCACCUGAAACCUGGUGGUGUGCGUAGGAGGCGAGGUGAAGGAAUAGGGCAAAAUUGGCGGGAACGGGCCCUUGGCGCUUCGAGCUGCGCUGCUACUUUGAAAGCCUAGUCUGUAUGUGUGUGUGCGGGUAAGAAAAAGAAGACGAGAGGAGAUUCUCCACAUGCUGUACUUAAACCUGAAGAACCGAGGGAAAAGAAAAGAGGAGCAGUCGCGUUUAUUCUCCUUCGUGGCAACAAAAGCUCUGCCUCCCCCCCCCCUUCUGGUGAGUCACCGGCAGGUCAGGAGUAUCGCGCGGGAAGGGAGGGGCACCGGCGCGUUUGCCGCUGGGAGCCGCUACGAGAGCGGGAGUUCGCCUCAGCCGAGCCCAGUCAGUAAGCGCGAGAGGCUUACUUUCAGGCAGCGCCGCCUCCUCGUUCCCUCCAGGUGGCUCUCCCGAAGAGUGCGAAAGAGAGUGGAGACGGAAGGUGGUUGUGGUUGGCGGGGCCGUAAGUGACGGAAUCCAGAUGUGAAGCACCCGCAGCCGGCUGAACAGCUGCUUCUUCGACUUCAACAAGCAAGGAUAAAUCAGCAGUAAUGAAGGCUUCUGCUACUUCUGCCUGUGGGAUUAUUUUAUUUCUGUUAAGCUUGGUACAGAGGAGCAAUGGUAAAUGUAAAGGAGGGUCAAGGCCAGAGAUGAACCUGAAUGUCAAAUAUCAACUUCCUAAUUUCACUGCAGAAACCCCAAUACAAAAUAUAGUUCUGUACAAGCACAACUUCUAUGUAGGAGCAGUCAACAAAAUCUACGUUUUAAAUGAAAGUCUUCACAACAUCUCUGUGUACAAGACUGGGCCUGUUUUGGAGAACCCAGUUUGCACUCCCUGUAAAGAUUGUAUACCUAAAUCAAAUCAAUCUGAUAACAUUUGGAAGGAUAACAUCAACAUGGCUCUGUUCCUAGAAACUUAUUACGAAGGUCAGCUCAUCAGUUGCGGUAGUGUUGCAAAAGGAACUUGCCAGCGCCAUGUCAUUCAUCCUGAUAAUCCUGCAGACAUUGGAAAUGAGGUGCACUGUAUGUAUCCUAAGCUGAUGGACAAGGAAUCAGACCAGUGUCCUGACUGUGUUGUAAGCCCUUUAGGAACCAAAGUUUUGGUAACAGAAAAGGAAAGAUUUGUAUACUUCUAUGUUGGAAAUACCUUGAAUAAUUCGUUUCAGCAAGAACAUUUGUUGCAUUCGAUAUCGGUUCGGAGAUUAAAAGAAACCCUGGAUGGGUUUGAGUUUCUCACAGCUUACUCUUACAUUGACGUACUUCCAGAAUUCAGAGAUUCCUACCCUAUUAAGUAUAUUCAUGCAUUUGAAAAGGACCACUUUGUGUACUUCCUCACUGUCCAGAGAGAAUCUUUAGACUCUCAGGCUUUUCACACAAGGAUCAUACGGUUUUGCUCUUUUGAUUCUGAGUUGCGUUCAUACAUGGAAAUGCCCCUUGAGUGCAUUUACACUGAAAAACGUAGGAAGAGGUCAACAAAGCAGUCAAAUGAGGUAUUUAAUCUUUUGCAGGCUGCAUAUGUUGGUAAGCCAGGUGCAGCUUUAGCCCGGGAAAUGGGUCUUGAUUUUAACGAAGAUAUUCUAUAUGGUGCAUUUGCUCAAAGUAAACCAGACUCCUCAGAACCAACUCACAAAUCUGCUGUCUGUGCAGUCUCUAUCAAAACCAUCAAUGAAUUCUUUGGCAAGAUUGUAGACAAACAAAACAUGAAAUGUCUUCAGCAUCUGUACAGAAAGGACAGCAAGCACUGUUUGAGCAGGACAUUUUCAAGAAACACUACCUAUUGUGGAGCACAAGAUGAUGAAUAUCGGGUGGAGGUUACUAUAGCUUUGCAGCGGGUUGACUUAUUUGCAGAGCAGUUCAACACGGUCUUACUAACAUCUAUAUCUGUCUUCACCAAAGAGGAGCUUACCAUAGCAAACCUAGGGACAUCAGAAGGCCGCUUCAUGCAGAUAGUGAUUUCUCGUUCAGAACGCACUCAACCAUAUGUGAAUUUCCACUUAGAUUCUCAUCCUGUUUCUUCAGAAGUUAUCAUUGAGAAUUUGCCAGGCAACAAUGGUUAUAUCCUGGUGGUCACCAGGAACAGGAUAACCAAGAUCCCACUAAAUGGGCCAGGGUGUUCUCACGUCGAUACCUGUAGUCAAUGCCUUCUAUUGCCUUCCUUCAUGAAUUGCGGCUGGUGUGGUAAACAAUGUAUGCGGUCAUCGGAGUGCAGUACAGGAAGUUGGACACAGGAAACAUGUUCACCAAACAUUUUUCAGAUUCAUCCAAGAAGCGCAGCUUUUGAUGGUACAACAAGACUGACACUAUGUGGGUGGGACUUUGGAUUCAGCACAAAUAACAAGUUCAAUUUAAAAAAAAUGUCAGUUCUUAUUGGGGGACAGCAAUGCAUUCUGGAUGUCAAAGCUAGUGACAAAAACAAACUAGAGUGCACAGUUGGUGCUGUAAAGAAUGCAAGUUUUAAUGUUUCAAGCAUUGUUUCAAAUGGACAAGCUAAUGCUACCUUCAAUACCUUCUCUUAUGUGAAUCCCAUAAUAAGAAGUAUAUCACCAAGCUAUGGUCCAAGAUUUGGUGGAACACUGUUGACUUUAACUGGGGAAUACCUAAGCAGUGGAAAUUCUCAAGAGAUUUAUGUUGGUAGAAAACAAUGCAGCUUGAUGAGAGUGUCUGAUGAUACCAUAGAGUGUUAUACCCCUCUACAAAGAGAAGUGUCGGAGUGUCGUGUCGAAAUGAAAAUUGAUUCAGUAUUUCGUUCAGCGGGUCAUUUUACAUACAGAGAAGACCCUAUUGUUUCUAAGAUUUAUCCUGCCAAAUCCUUUCUUAGUGGUGGAAGCACAAUUACAGCUCAGGGGAUCAAUUUGAAUUCAUCAUUCUCUCCAGAGAUGGUGGUCACAGUCCCUAAGCUAGGCAAAAACUUUACUGUGGCAUGUAACCAUCGCUCUAAUGCUGAAAUAAUCUGUUGUACGACUCCUUCGCUAAAAUCCUAUAAGCUGAUACUGCCUUUUGUGACAAAAGUGUUUUUCAUUUUUGAUGGUGUCAUCUCACCUGCUUUUAACUUUGAUUAUGUGAAUGAUCCUAUCUUUACCAUUUCUAAAAAACCAGUGGUAAUUUCCAAGAGAAACCAAAAUAUACUGAUUAAGGGAAAUAACAUUGACUUAGAAGCUGUUAAAGGUGAAGUGCUAAAAGUUGGAAACAAGAACUGUGAGAAUAUUACCUUGAAGUCGGAAUCUGUUUCUUGUACUGUUCCUAAAGAGCUGCUAAAAUCCAACCAUGAACUGAAUAUUGUGUGGAAGAAAGAGGUUUCAUCAACAGUUAUUGGGAAAGUAAUGAUUCUACCUGACCACAGCUUCACAGGGCUUGUUGCAGGAGUUGUGUCCAUGUCUAUUUUUGUCUUACUGUUGCUGUUUGGCCUUUUCCUGUGGAGAAAAAAGAGAAAGCAAAUCAAAGAUUUAGGUGGAGAGAUUGUUCGCUAUGAUGGAAGAGUGCACACUCCUCACUUGGACAGGCUUGUGAGUGCAAGGAGUGUGAGCCCUACAGCAGAAAUGGUUUCAAGUGAAUCUGUAGACUACAGAUCAACGUUUCUAGAAGAUCAGUUUCCAACUCUAUCUCAGAAUGGAUCGUGCAGACCAUCCCAUUAUCCUCACACAGACCUAUCUCCCAUUCUGACUAGUGGAGACUCUGAUUUAGCCAGUCCAUUGCUGCAGACGAAUGUCCAUAUUGACAUAAGUGCCUUAAAUCCAGACUUGGUCAAAGAAGUUGAGCAUGUGGUUAUUGGUGCUGACAGCCUGAUAGUACAUUUUAGUGAAGUAAUAGGAAGAGGACAUUUUGGAUGUGUCUACCAUGGAACUUUGUUGGAUACUGAUGGCAAGAAAAUUCAUUGUGCAGUGAAAUCCUUGAAUAGGAUUACAGAUUUGGAUGAAGUAGCCCAGUUCCUAAAAGAAGGGAUUAUAAUGAAGGAUUUCACUCAUCCCAAUGUCCUAUCGCUGCUUGGAAUAUGCUUGCCCAAUGAAGGGUCUCCUUUGGUGGUGCUUCCUUACAUGAAACAUGGAGAUUUACGAAAUUUCAUUAGGAAUGAGUCUCACAACCCAACAGUAAAGGAUUUGAUUGGAUUUGGACUGCAAGUAGCAAAGGGGAUGAAAUACCUCGCAAGCAAAAAGUUUGUCCAUAGAGAUUUAGCAGCAAGAAAUUGUAUGUUGGAUGAAAAAUUCACUGUCAAGGUUGCUGAUUUUGGCCUUGCUAGAGAUGUCUAUGAUAAAGAGUACUACAGUGUACACAAUAAAACAGGAGCCAAACUGCCAGUAAAAUGGAUGGCUUUAGAAAGUUUGCAGACUCAGAAGUUCACUACAAAGUCAGAUGUGUGGUCCUUUGGAGUAUUACUUUGGGAGCUGAUGACAAGAGGAGCACCACCCUAUCCUGAUGUCAACUCUUUUGAUAUUACUAUUUACUUACUACAAGGAAGAAGGCUCUUGCAACCUGAAUAUUGCCCAGAUCCACUAUAUGAAGUCAUGCUCAAAUGUUGGCAUCCAAAACCUGAACUACGGCCAUCAUUCUCUGAAUUAGUUUCAGAUAUAUCAAUGAUCUUCUCUACUUUCAUUGGGGAGCAUUACGUUCAUGUGAAUGCCACCUAUGUCAACGUGAAAUGUGUUGCACCGUAUCCAUCUCUUUUGUCAUCACAAGACAACAUAGAUAGGGAUGCAAAUACAUGACCAAGCAUGUUUGUACCAUCAUGGGAGUGGGCCCCCCAUAAAUAGUAAUCAACAACAUUUUUGUCUGUUGCUUUUUGUUGAAAGCACUGUUAUGUGUAUGUGUUGUACAAAUUGCACUAUAUUGAGGAGACAAUGUCAUGUCGCUGAAAGCUACAGGAUCAUGUGUUAUCCAGGUAAUAAUUUUCAAGUGUGAUUGGCAAUUUUAGCACCACCAACAGUACUAUUGCAACACCUAAUCUAAUGCCAGAUAUUCAUUUGUGAGCAAUCCAGCUGCUGUUAUAAAUUACACUAUGUAAAAUAGAUGAAUUCAUAGAUUAAUGAGUAAUGCUGGAGGACCAGACACUUAAGGAAUGAGUUAGCAUUUGCUCAGCAGUCUUUUGAUGCAUAAGAGCCAGGCCAAAUAAAUAUUCCAAGACUGCAAAUACUUCUCUCAUCUCUAUUGAAUAUUUGUUUGGCUUGCUGUAGGAAUUUGGCUAUUUUGACGGUAUACAGGUAGCCCCAAUGACCGACAUCACAUUGUCCAUUGAUCACAAUGCUUCAAACAAUGUAGAAUACUGGUUGUAGUUAUCAUGUGAUAAUGUUAUUGCAACAGCUUUCAGAAUCAAGAGCAACAUACCAUAAUAGGUCUUUUUAAAAGAGCAUUACCAUUCUGCUACAAGGUUUAAAACUGAGAAGUCUCUUUAAGCAGCCAGCCAAAGAGCAGGUUGACCAUAUUUGUGGACAACAUUCCAUAGACCUGAGAGAUCAGCUAAGUGGUAACUCUAGAUUUUAGCAACAAUGGCUAUGUGUGAAUCAAAGGACUUGUGGCAGAAGAAAGAAGAGCUCAAAAAAAGAAAACUAUGUCAGCCCAUUUUGAACCAAAAGGAGUGCAACACUGUGCAAUUGCUGCUAAGCUGGGCAUGUCAUUGGACAAGCAAAUAAGAACUGAAAAUAGAUUGUGAUAUAGCCCAUAGCUGCUCGAUACGACUGAUUCCAUCAAUUGGGACAUGCCAUAUAUGUCUUUAUAAUAAUGACCAAAAUAGAGGUUUUAAAAACAGACAAUAAUUUAAAGGUUUUUGUAAACUGUGCUCUUAACUCUUGAGCAUCUUGUUUCAUUUCUGUUCCUGUGGAAUUGAGUGCAUUCUACUGUAUAGACUGUUUCAUGUAGGAAUGAUAGCUAGUUUUGUUGGUGUAAAACCUUUCAAAGCAUUCUAUUUUUAUAUUGAAAAAAUAUUUUUAAUUAUGUAUAUAUAGAGGUUUGUACUGUGAACACUGCAAAAUGUGUUAUCAACUUUUCAUUCAUAAGUUGUAUAGAGGUUAAAAAUUUGAUUCUGUAAAAAUUGUAAAGGCAAAGAGUUGAUUGCGUGUCACAUCCACUCCAUGUGUUAAAAUCACCAUUGCUGGAAUCAAAAACAUUUCCAAGAUCUUUGAGGAGGCAAUGCCUAUAAAAAAUUCAAUUAUAAGAGAGAUUUAUUGUUCUUGAGAGAGAAUGCCACAUGGAAAGAUUUAUGAAGAGGCUGGAGUGGGUAAGCAAACUACUUGCUGAUAAUACUGGAUUGUAUUAAACUGCCACAUCCAUUCCAGCAGCAAAUACUUCAUAUGUGCUGAGAGCAAUGUUAAUUGUGAACUGCCUUAACACAAAAACUUCUGCUGCAAGCAAAAAGAGCGGGGGGGGGGAGAUCCUGAGGGUUAAGGGAAAUUACGAUGUCAAGGCUUAUUGCAGUUAUUCUAAACCUGUGUACACAUGCCUUGAGGAAUGCAGGGAGUGGGAAAUGAAACAAUUAUACUAUUUAUGAGGAGAAAUUAAUGUUGUGUCUGGGACACUUGUAAAUAAUAUGUGGUUCUUGUAGAGAUUUGAUGUUUGUACUUUCAUAUACUUGCCAGUGAGAUGGAUGGUACUUAACUUUAUAAUUGUGAUGACCUAGCAAACUUAAAGUAAAACAUUUGUAUGCUGGC